AUGAGGACGGAUUCCAUGCAGUCUGGCAUUGGGGCAGGCAAUCCAAUCGCCGCUUUGCGCGUCACCUUUAUGUCCAUCAAGUCGUAUGGGAACACUGAAAUUUCGUCGGGUUCCCUGGGCGAGGAUACCAACGGCUUUGUCGGCGCUGCCUACCGAAGCCGCUGGAGCAAUAGCGAUAUGGGGCUGGGUGGUGCCGGCUCGUUUCCAAGGUCUUUUCGGAAUACUUGGAGUACCGUCGGCCUGCCCAGCAAGGUCGAAGAGGCUGCAGGAUCCUACUAUUGCGCAGGCCCUAUCGACAAGCAUUGGACCAUCAAAGGCAAGCUCGGCGAAGGGGCUUUUUCAGAAGUGCGACUAGGAGAGGGAAAGGCGGGUGAGGGCAUGGUCGCCAUCAAAAUUGUUUCCAAGGGCGCCCCGGACUUGUUCUGUCCGGAGGGGGCAUGCAGGGAGGUCGUUUCAUGUCAGCUGUUUGGCCACCAUCCAAACCUUGUCCAGUGCAUCCAGAUUUUCGAAGACGACCGCUUCAUUUACAUUGUCAUGGAACUUCUCAUCGGAGGACAGAUGCUACCGAGAGUCGCGGAUACGCAUUUCUACCCGCGCUACUGUGAGAAUGAUGUCGUCACGCUAGUGAGGGGUCUCACACGCGCGCUCACGCACUUGCACAAGCUCGGAAUUGCACAUCGCGAUGUCAAGCCAGAGAAUAUCCUGUAUGCGUCAGAGACCUUAGAUCCCACCGUGAAGCUGACAGAUUUCGGCAUCGCGCAUACUCGUUGCAAAACUACACCAGCGCACGAUAUGGUGGGGACUCCUUUAUAUGUAGCCCCAGAGGUUUUAUUGAGGAAGCCCUAUGGAUGCGCAGCGGAUAUGUGGAGCCUGGGCGUAAUUGUCCACAUUCUUUUGACUGGUUACCCUCCCUUUGAUGACGACGAUCUAGUACAGCUCAUCAAGAAGGUGAAAAGUCGACCGCUUCGCAUGAUCGGAGAGGAGUGGGUAGUCAUUAGCGAGGAUGCUCGUGAUUUUGUGGAGAAGUUGUUGACACGCGACGUACCGAACAGGCUUUCAGCCGAGCAAGCCAUGGCACACCCAUGGCUAGCAACGCCAAGACCACCUCCGUUCCCGGCCCCGCCCAUGCCGUCGAGACCUCUCAAUCCUCCGGCAAGGGUGCAAGUCCCUCCAACACGCAAGAGCCGUCAAGACGGUACCAUUCCACUGAUGGUCGCUCAAAUCAACCUCAAUUCGUUUGUUGUGCGCAAGGAGUGGAAACGAAUGGUGGAAAGCGAACCGUCGGAACGAAACAAACUUUCUAUGCUUGUGUCUCUCUCUGAGAAAGAGUUGGGUAUUCCAAACCCACUGUCCCUGAACAGCACACGAGAGGUAUCUACAGACACCAAUCUCUCCACGCAACCGGCGCAUGCGCUCCCCUCGGAGUCGUCCAUCGUGAACAUCAAACAGCAAGUGCCAGGCAUGAGCGUGUCCUCCGCACGCCCACCGAAGCAAGGGGCAUCUACAACCAAACGCGAGAAAAGCAACGGUGAUCGCCCUCUAACGGAUCUGGAACGUCAACAAGAACAGGAGCGAUUGCGACAACGACGUCUACAAGUGCAGGCUGAACUUUCAAAGAAGAAGAAGCUUCAAGCUAUGAAAGUGGAGGAAGCACCUGAAAAAGUGCGUAGCAUUAGUACGGAAACCGUUUCGACACACUCGGAAGCCUCAAACAAGGAAGCAUCAGACAACCAAUUACUGUCCACAUCACAGUUUAGCGAUGACGGUACGGUAGUUUCAGAGGUGUUCCAGUCACGAAGGGAUGCGGAUGCGGAGGGGGAUGUGAAGAAAAUCCAAAAGCAGCGGGCAGAGCUUCAACACGCAUCCAAGCCUCGUGCCCUUAUUGGGAGGCGAGCCAGGCAGUCAAAUAGCACAAGGCAGUCUGUCAAGUCCGAGAAACCCAAGCCUCCGAAAGCAAAAGGUGUCCGAGUGCGAAAGAGGCAAAAGCAGGUAGUUCCGUUGUUGCAAGGCACAAAACUGGCUAAUAAUUAACGUAAUGGAAACGGGUCUCCGGGGGAUGAAGUGGAGCAAUCUUCAUACAUGCACAGCGCUGCCACCGAGUCUUCCAACCCUGUAAUUAAACCAUUCGCCCUACGUCAACAA